AAAUUAAUAAGGGAGGCCAAGAGAAAAUCAAGAGGGGGAGGGGGGAAAGGAAGAGCUCUGCAAAUUUUGACGGCAACCAGAGGCAACCAAAACCCAGAAAAAUCUCACUAAUUGGGGCUUUCGUCUGCAAUUUCUGAUCAUAACCACAACAAGAAUGCCCAAAUCUUCCAUUUUCACUAUUUCUUUCUAAUAACUCAUCCUUCGCGAUGCGAUUCGGUUUAAAGUCGCGGCUGUCCCCGACUGGAAACGACUUCGCACCGGCUGUUGUUGUUUCAAAUGAAGAGGGAAGCUCAGCGUCUUCUUCAUCAUCAUCGAAUUAUUGAUGGUGUUGAUGAAUGGGAUUGCAAUUGCAGAUGAGUUGGCAGCCGAGUUUACUGAGUCAGAAAAGGAAGAAUGGUCCGCCUUUAGGGUUGAAAAAUCUCGGCAAUUCUUGCUAUCUCAAUAGCGUCCUUCAGUGCCUCACUUACACUCCUCCCCUUGCCAAUUUUUGUCUCCGUUUACAGCAUUCUUCUCUCUGUGAUUCGGUUUCUAACGGGGAAAGAAAGCGGGAGUGCCCAUUUUGUAUACUUGAGAAACGGAUAGUCCGUUCCCUAAGCCUGGACCUAACGCUUGAUGCCCCAGCAAAGAUUCAGAGCUGUCUCAGGAUUUUUGCCGAGCACUUUCGGUGCGGCCUCCAAGAGGAUGCACAUGAGUUCCUGCGCUAUGUCAUUGAUGCGUGUCAUAACACCUGCUUGCGACUCAUGAAGCUGCGGCGCAAGGGGAAUGACUCCUUUAAUGGCACCAACACUGUCGUUAGGGAGAUAUUUGGAGGUGCUUUGCAGAGCCAGGUGAAGUGCUUGUCAUGCAAUUCUGAGUCCAAUAAGGUUGAUGAGAUUAUGGACAUCAGUCUCGAUGUAUUGCAUAGUAAUUCGCUUAGAGAAGCAAUGCAAAAGUUCUUUCAGCCUGAGAUCUUGGAUGGCAGCAAUAAGUACAGAUGUGAAAAUUGUAAGAAAUUGGUGACAGCGAGGAAGCAAAUGUCAAUUCUUCAAGCACCUAAUAUCUUGGUAAUCCAACUGAAGAGAUUUGAGGGCACAUUUGGUGGCAAGAUUGAGAAGGCCAUUGCAUUUGAUGAAGUUUUGGUGCUUUCUAGCUUCAUGUGUAAAGGGAACCAGGAUCUGAAACCAGAGUAUAAUCUUUUUGGCACCAUUGUGCAUUCAGGAUACUCACCAGAAUCUGGACACUACUAUGCAUAUAUCAAGGAUGCAAUGGGUCGGUGGUAUUGCUGUAAUGAUUCAUAUGUGACAGUUUCAACACUGCAGGAUGUCUUGUCAGAGAAAGUCUAUAUUCUUUUCUUCUCACGCACUAACCAAAGGCCACUUCCUUCUGGUGCUACCAGUGGAGUAAAAUCAAGCAAUUUUAAUGGCGUUGGGACAUCUAAAAGUCCAAAGAUUGCUGUUGCACCAAAAUGUGUUGAUCAAUCUUCAUGCAAGGAUAUUCCAUCCAUGUCUAAGAGUGAUAAAGUGUCUUCUAUUCGGCAGAUAAAGUUGAAUGGUUCUGGAUCUAGCUCCAGAAGGGUUCCUCCUACUGUUGACAGAAAUGCUGACAUGCAUAAGAGUCGAAACAUGAAUAUGGAUGGGGAUGCUAAGGACACAGUUUAUAUGGAGAAACUUGAUAAGGAUAUGUCACCAAUAAUAAAUGGAAACGGGUGCAGCAAAAACAAAAUCAUUGUUGAUGAGACCUGUCCAUCCAUUGCAGGAGCAAGUGAAAACUUUAUUACUCAAAAUGGUGCCUUAGAUUCAGUAAAGCCGGAUCUCUCUGAAGCUAAUGGUACUAUGGUUAAGAUGGUGGCAGAAAAAGGGUAUAAUCACCUUGAAUUGCAAAACAGUAGAGAGAAUGGCCACACUGGCACUUCAGAGUUAAAGAGGAAAUUAGAGGACUCUUGCAUUUUGUUUGCACAGGAUUCUCAUUCUCGAGCCAAAGUCAAAGAGUUAAAAGAAGUUCUCAAGCAAGAAGCUUCUUCAGUUUUGCGAUCAUGUGGCUGGUCGAAUAAGGUAUACAGUUUUAUGUGUUCGAGGAAGAGGUUAUGUGCACGAGGAGCAAGGAACAUCCCAACUGAUAUUGAAUUAAAGAAGCUCUUGAUCACAGAGGCUAAAUCAACCUUUAUUUCACAGAUACCUGAAUCAUUAAAAGAGGAUCUAAUUAGACAUCUCCGUUCAUUCAGCCAAGAGAAGUGACAUUCUGGUUUCUUUUUUGGCAAGUGGACCGAUAGUUAAGGAGUCUCUUGAUGGUUGGUGGAGCUCCAUGUAUAAACUGUAUGACUAAUCGGUAUUUUUCUUUUUCCGGAAGACAGUAACUGGGGAUUUUCUAUGACCUGUCUAUUUUGAGCAGGUGUUCCCAGUGACAGCGAGAGGCUGUUAUGUUGCCUUUUAAUUUCUCCUUUCCCCUUUAUAUUUGUUAUUUUGCUAAACUGGUAGGUUCCUAAUCAGCAGUUUUGAGAUGAAAGGUCCAAGUUCAAAUGUUGCCACCAGUUUUCUUCCCCAAGCCUUCAAGUUACUUUUGAUAGAGAACUCAAGAAUCCCAUAGAUAUUGUACUAUAUCCUUUUUGGCAGUAUCAUUUAGUGUAUAAUCCUCAGUUAGGGGAUGAAAGAAACAAUUUUCAGUAAAAUAGUGUCCAAAUAGUACCUCGUGACUGUAUACCAUCAUUCCAUCAUUGAGUUUAUUGUCAUCACAAAUGUUACCCUCUGCCUCUGCCCCAGUUAAACAGGUGAUUUUGUGCUUUUCUAAUUACAUUCUCUAUUUCCUUAUAA